CCCAGCGAUGGGAAAGCGUGUGGAAAUGGGACAGGAAAAAAUGGGGAGAUGUGGAUUCCAUUACGGUCUCUCAUUGGUUAUAAUCCUGAUUGCUUCUGCGUCUGCGCAGGCUGUGACGUCAUCGCCGGUCCUGAAGGACAAAACUUUGGGGGAUGCUGCGUUGCCAUCGCAUUCAGCAGCCAAAAUCCUUGAAGACAUCCAAACCAUCAGCGCAGUUCAGGAUUGGAGUUUGCUGUGUAAAGAGCUCUGCGGAGCUGGCCUGGGCGUUGCUUUAACGCCUGAUGGGGCCAAGAACCCGAUCCUGAGACCAGAGUUGGAUGUGGCCAAGUGCCGGCAACUGUGUGGACUGCCUAGGGGUGUCGAGGGCGACUUGAUCUGCUCGAGCUUCUGCGGGCAGAAAGGUCGCUCCCUGCCCGGUUGCAGUCCCUGCCAGCAGGAGGAGCGCAGGAUGGUGGAGCAGAAGGAGGAGGAGGAUCUCCGGAUGGAGGAGACGAAGGCCAGUAUCGAGCAGGGCGAUCCAACACACGGUUCCAGUGCCCAGGAGAUGACACUCCAGAGAUCGGUCGACGAAGAAACAUCAUCAUCAGUAGCUCCCGUGGUAGCCGGGUCGGCUGCGGAUACGACGACCACUGUGGCUCCGGACUGGGACGAAGUGUGCAAGGUGCUCUGCAAGACUGGCGAUGGCGGGUCUUUGUGCAACUGUGAUUUAUCGCCGUUCUUCAGCUGAGCGAUCCCCACCUUCCUGAGGGGAUCGCUCCCGAUGGAGGUGCUAAAUCACAAACCCAUUAUAUAUAGAUCGAGAAUUAUAUGAUGUUUUGUUGUUCUUCGUUUUUGGACUUCAGUUAGUGCUAGUGUUGUUUUCAUAAAUGAUAUAUUCUAUAUCGGAAAACUUGUUACGAAAGUUUAGUUCAAUACUGUAAAGAAAAAAAAAGAAAAACUAUAGAAAAAUCAAAAAAAA